GUAUUGGGUUGGUGUGGAGCAGUACCUGCCACUACUUUGUUUAUUUUUAUAUUGAACUGAAAAACGCGUGAUAAAUUGCGCGUUUUGAUUUCUACGUGCACGAUGAAAUAAUUUAAAAUCAAGAUGUCUAAUCAAGUAGGUGCGUUCGUUGCGGGACUUAAGUCCCGCAAUGUCGAUGUUCAAAUCAGGACGGCCCGUGAGCUUUAUCAUUUUGCGAAGACGGAACUCCGAGAAGUCCCACAGGAGGAAUUGACUCAAUUCCUCGAUGAAUUUAAUCACCAGAUCUUCGAAAUGGUGUCCAGUAAUGAUGUACAUGAGAAAAAAGGAGGUGUUUUAGCAAUAGUAUGCCUCAUUGGUGGUGAUUGUGAUACGACUAAAACGCGAAUUACCAGGUUUGCAAACUAUCUUCGGAACCUACUACCUUCUUCUGAUGUCGGUGUUAUGGAACUUGCCGCUAAAACUGUCGGCCGCCUCGCCACAGUGUCCGGCGUCAAACGAGCAGAAUAUGUUGAGUUUGAAGUUAAAAGAGCAUUUGAGUGGUUGUCUGAAGAGAGAAAUGAAGGUAGACGCCAUUCAGCUGUAUUGUUGCUGAAAGAGUUAGCUAUAGCUAUGCCCACUUAUUUCUACCAACAAGUAUCAGGAUUUUUUGAUCACAUUCUUGUCGCAUUGAAGGAUCCAAAGCCUCAAAUUCGUGAAGCUGCAGCAAAGGCUUUAAGAGCAGGUUUAGUAGUGACUGCGCAGAGAGAAACAGCCAAACAAUCAACUGCCAAACCACAAUGGUACAUGCAGUGCUAUGAAGAAGCAAUGCUGUCCUUUGAUGAAAUUCCAGCAAAAGAGAAGGGCAUUACCAAAGAGGAUAGAGUCCAUGGAGGCCUGUUAAUCUUGAAUGAGUUGCUGAGAUGUUCCAAUGCUGUGUGGGAGAAAAAGUAUUCGUAUCUAAUGCAGAGUCUAGAUUCCCAGAAAGACAUCACAGUGUCUGACGAUAUUAUUUUUAUAAGCACUAAGUUACACAGUCCAUCAGUAAAGAGAGGAUAUUUGUGUGAUGGCUUCAAGACUGAAAAUGUUACAUACCCAGUUCCUAUUUAUGAAUCUGAAGUUUGCCGUAGACUUCUUACUAAGAGAUUUGAAAGAAUUUGCAAAGAUGUUAUGAACCAACGCUUCCUCAAAACCCAAGGAGUUCCUCAAAUUCUCUUUGUCAUUAUUCCACGACUAGCUGCAUUUAACAAAGAGUUUUUCUUAAAUAAAUACCUCACUUCUACUAUGAGCUACUUGCUCUCUUGUCUACGCAGUAGAGAAAAAGAUAGGAACAUGGCAUUUACUACACUGGGACUUAUGGCUGCUGCUAUAGAAAAUGACAUUAAGAACUAUAUUCCCUGCAUUAUGGAUGUCAUCAAACAAACACUGCCUGUUAGAGACACACAAACUAAAAAGAGGAUUUGGAUUGAUCCCUCAAUUUUUGCCUGCAUAACUUUACUUGGGAGUGCAGUGAAAGAUCUAGUCACCACUGACAUUAAAGAGUUGCUAGACGCCAUGUUUGCUACUGGCCUGAGUCCUUCUCUCACAAUCUGCCUCAGAGAGUUGAGCAACAAUAUACCUUCCUUAAGAGCAGAAAUAUCGGAAGGUCUGCUAAAUAUGCUUUCUCUUGUUUUAAGAAAUAAACCAUUCUUACAUCCAGGUGUGCCGAGAAGUUUGGAACAGCAGAUGAGUAACAUGAGUUUAGUAAUGGAACCCCAAGAUACUGCUAGCAUUGUUCUAGCUUUAAGAACUCUUGGAUCAUUUAAUUUUGAGGGGCAGCACAGCUUGCUUACUUUUGUAAGGCGCUGCGCUGACCACUUCUUGCAGAGUGAACAACAGGAAAUUAGAUUAGAGGCAGUGAAAACUGCUGCAAAAUUAUUGGCUGAUUCAAUGAUUAGGACUAUGAAAACUCCUUCAAGGACUCUCACUCUGCUGACUGCAGAAGUGGUGGGCAAGUUGCUGGUUGUUACUGUAACAGAUCCAGAUUAUGAAGUACGAUACUGGGUACUGGAGUCCCUAAACAAUAUGUUUGAUAUACAUUUAGCUCAAAUUGAGAAUUUGAGUUUUCUUUUCAUGGCCAUGAAUGAUGAGCAUUUGGCUAUAAGAGAACUUGCAAUCUGUACUGUUGGCCGAUUGAGUGUAGUUAACCCAGCUUAUGUCAUGCCGGGACUACGCAAGACAUUGAUACAGUUUUUAACUGAACUAGAACACUCUGGAAUGAGUAGAAACAAGGAACAAGCGGCCAGAAUGUUGGACAAUCUCAUUCGUCAUGCUCCAAAGCUGAUAAAACCUUAUAUGGAGACAAUUUUGAAUGUACUGGUGCCAAAACUCAGAGAAUCAGACUCAAAUCCUGGUGUGGUCAUAAGUGUUUUGAAAGCUAUUGGUCACUUGGCUGAUGUCCAUGGUGAUAACAGUGGUCUCAAGAAAUGGCUACCAGACUUACUAAGCAUUCUUUUGGAGUUGUUAUCUGAUGCAAGUGCAACAGAAAAAAGGAGCGUUGCUCUUUGGGCGUUUGGUCAAUUGAUCGGCGCUACAGGUCACGUCGUCACUCCUUACACAGAGUAUCCCACCCUCAUGGAUGUCCUAUUGAAUUUCCUCAAGACUGAACAGCAACCAAAAGAUAGGAGGGAAACCAUCCGUGUUUUGGGAUUGUUAGGAGCUUUGGAUCCUUACAAACAUAAAAUUACAAGAGGUUUGAUUGGCGAAAAACCUGAUUCCAGCUUAGUACCUGUUGCAGAUAGCAAAGCCGAAGAGAAUAAUUUCGAUAUGACGACAAGUGAGAUGCUAGUGAAUAUGUCGUCCACCGUCUUGGAUGAAUACUAUCCAGCCAUAGUUAUAUCGACGCUUAUGAGGAUCCUGAGAGACCCCACACUGCAACAACAUCAUACUAGUGUUGUCCAAGCUGUCACCUUCAUUUUCCAGUCUCUGGGUAUCAAGUGCGUGCCUUACAUAUCUCGAGUUACGCCAAGCCUGCUUUACGUGGCGAGGGCAACCGACAACAAUACCUUUAGAGAAUUCCUAUUUACUCAAUUAGCUAGAUUAAUUGCGAUAGUGAAGCAGCACAUUCGCAAUUAUUUGGACAAAAUAUUCGAUUUGAUCAGAGAGUUUUGGACACCUAAUAGUUCACUACAACCUACAUUGAUUCUUUUGGUGGAGUACAUCGCGGUUGCUCUUGGAUCAGAAUUUAAAGUGUACUUGCCUCAGUUGAUGCCACAGGUUUUGCGAGUUCUGGCACACGAUACGAGUAAAGACAGAAUAGUCACUGAGAAACUUCUGUAUGCCCUACAAAAGUUCGAAGACAACUUAGAUGACUACAUGCAUCUAGUCAUACCGUCAAUAGUCAAGUUAUUUGAUGCGACAGACUGUCCAAUUGGCGUGGCCAAAGUGGCCAUGGAGACGGUGGACUACCUGUCUGACACUCUAAAUUACGGUGAACUAAUUUCUAGAAUAAUCCAUCCUCUAGUCAGAAGUCUAGACACCUGUGCACAACUGCGACCAACUGCGAUGGACACUUUAUGUGCUAUUAUAGUACAGCAAGGUCGCAAGUUCACUGAUUUUAUACCAUUGGUACAAAAAGUGGUGGGUAAGCACAAAAUACAGCAUCAAAACUACGAAUUACUACUAUCUCGAAUGCAGUCUAGCCAAAAUUUGGCUAUGGAUGAGUUCCUACAAAGCACUAGAAGGAGACCACGAAAUAAUAACCAGGAGGCUCGAAUCGGUUACACCUGCGAUACUUCGCAAUCCAUACGCAAGUUGUGUGUUAAUGCGCAUAAUCUGAAGCUGGCGUGGACAGUCAGCAGCCGAGUGUCGAAAGAUGAUUGGCUGGAGUGGCUUCGACGAUUUAGCAUUGGAUUACUGACAGAGUCACAUAGCCCUGCACUGAGGGCCUGUCUGGCGUUAGCACACAACUACUCACAACUUCUCCGGGAUUUAUUCAACGCGGCCUUCGUCUCAUGCUGGACAGAACUUGACAAGACGUCUCGCCAAGAGCUGUCGAACGCUCUAGAACAAGCCCUCACGGCCCCCGACGCGCCCGAGCUGGCGCACACCGUGCUCAACCUCGCCGAGUUCAUGGAGCACUGCGAGGGCGGCGCCCUGCCUAUAUCCACGCACCUGCUAGGCGAGAGGGCGAUGCAUUGCAGAGCCUAUGCAAAAGCUCUCCACUAUAAGGAAGAAGAAUUCCGUAACGGCGCUACAUCUCAAGUAGUAGAGGCUUUAAUCCAUAUCAACAACAAACUACAACAGAAAGAGGCCGCCGAAGGGCUUCUCGAAAGAGUGAUGGCACAGCGUGAAGCUGGAGAUACCAGCCUGAAAGUACAAAUACGGUGGUAUGAGAAACUACACAACUGGGAGAAGGCUCUUGACUUAUACGGCGAGAAACUAAAUGUUGAUAUGGGCGAUAUGGACUCGUAUCUGGGUGAGUUGCGUUGUUUCGAAGCUCUGGGAGAAUGGGUGGAGCUUUAUAAUACCGUAUCCAAGAAAUGGGUCAAAAUGACCAAUGAAGAAAAGUGCAAAGCUGCGCGUUUAGCCGCCGCGUCUGCUUGGGGUCUCAACGAAUGGGACUCCAUGGCCAAGUAUGUCAGAUUCCUCCCAGAAAACACACAAGACGGUGCAUUCUACAGAGCAGUUCUCAACAUCCAUAAUGGAGAAUUCGAACUAUCUAAACAGUACAUCGAUCAAGCACGAACUUUACUUGAUUCUGAGCUGACGGCAGUCGCCGGUGAAAGCUAUCAGAGAGCAUACGGUGCACUUGUUAACGCUCAGCUGCUGGCAGAAUUAGAAGAAGUAAUCACUUACAAGUCAGUCGUGGAGAGGAGAGAGUCUAUAAGACAAGCGUGGUGGACACGACUGCAGGGUGGACAGAGGCUGGUGGAAGACUGGCGCAGAAUUCUACAAGUUCGUAGUUUAGUUCUGACACCGCAAGAAGAUAUGGCCACAUGGCUCAAGUUCGCCUCACUUUGCAGGAAGAGCGGCGCUCCGCGACAAGCUCAUAAGACUUUGGUAAUGUUGUUGGGAACAGAUCCUAGCAAGAAUAAAGAUAUGCCACUGCCUACACACGAGCCAAGACUAACUUUAGCGUACGCCAAACACUUGUGGGUAGCUGGUGACAAGCAGUUGGCAUACGACCAGCUACAACGGUACGUCGACUCUACGGAAACAGGCGACCCGGAGCACUGCCGACUGCUUGCACGGUGUCACUUGAAACUAGGAUCGUGGUGUGAAUCCCUACUUGGUAUUAAUGAGCUCUCUAUUCCCGAAAUCCUACGAAACUACGCAGCUGCUACGGACCUAUCUUCUGAUUGGUAUAAAGCCUGGCACGCGUGGGCGUACAUGAACUUUGAGACUGUUCUAUUCUACAAACAUCAGGAUGCUAAUGCAGGCCAAUCGGAAAGGCGUCCCUCGCCGGAGUGUAUACAGCAACAUACCGUGCCUGCCGUGGAAGGAUUCUUCAAGUCCAUUAAAUUAUCUCACGGUAGUUCGCUACAAGACACUUUGAGAUUGUUAACUUUGUGGUUUGAUUAUGGUCACUAUCCAGCUGUUCACGAGGCGCUCGUUGAAGGCAUUCGGACGAUCGAGAUUAAUGUCUGGCUCCAAGUGAUCCCGCAGCUUAUUGCUAGGAUCGACACGCCGCGAGCAUUAGUUGGAAAGCUGAUUCAUUCCCUAUUAAUAGAUAUCGGCAAGUCACAUCCUCAAGCUUUGGUAUAUCCCUUAACGGUGGCUUCGAAGUCAUCGUUCAUCGCUCGGAAGAAUGCUGCGAAUCAGAUUUUGAAGUCAAUGUGUACCCAUUCUAGUAACUUGGUAAACCAGGCUGCCAUGAUAUCCGAGGAGCUGAUCAGAGUGGCUAUUCUGUGGCACGAACAAUGGCAUGAAGCUUUGGAAGAAGCUUCCAGAUUGUACUUUAACGAGAACGAUGUGAAUGCAAUGUUUAAGACAUUGGAACCGCUGCACGCUAUGCUGGAGCGGGGCCCGCAGACACUGAAGGAAGUCUCGUUCACUCAGGCGUACGGAAGAGAUCUGAAUGAGGCACAAGAGUGGUGUAACCGAUAUAAGGAGUCGGGUCAAGUCCGGGACCUGAGCCAAGCGUGGGACCUGUACUACCACGUGUUCCGGCGCAUCAGUAGGCAGCUGCCGCAACUAACGUCGCUAGAGUUGCAGUAUGUGAGCCCGCGCCUGCUUAACUGCCGCGACCUGGAACUCGCGGUGCCCGGCUCUUACGUGCCUGACCAGGACCUCAUCCGUAUCGCUAACAUACAGAGUAGUCUGCAGGUAAUCACGUCGAAGCAGCGCCCUCGCCGUCUGUGUAUCCGUGGCUCCAACGGCAAGGACUACAUCUUCCUACUGAAGGGUCACGAGGACUUGCGCCAAGACGAGCGAGUGAUGCAAUUAUUCGGUCUUGUGAAUACUCUGCUGCAGGCUGACCCUGAUACCUUCCGAAGAGAUCUUGCUAUUCAACGAUAUGCCGUCAUACCGCUUUCAACUAAUUCUGGCCUGAUUGGAUGGGUACCUCAUUGUGACACCCUGCAUUCGUUAAUAAGAGAUUAUCGAGAAAAGAGAAAGUGCCUGUUAAAUAUCGAGCAUCGAAUUAUGCAAAGGAUGGCUUCCGAUUUGGACAAACUGAUGUUAAUGCAAAAGGUGGAAGUCUUUGAACACGCUCUAGAGCAUACGGCAGGUGACGACCUUGCCAAGUUACUCUGGUUGAAGAGUCCAUCUUCCGAAGUGUGGUUCGAGCGUCGAACUAACUACACUCGGUCGUUGGCUGUCAUGAGCAUGGUGGGCUACAUCCUGGGACUCGGCGACCGACAUCCCUCCAACAUUAUGUUGGACAGAGUCACCGGCAAGUUUUUACACAUCGACUUUGGAGACUGCUUUGAAGUAGCCGUCACUAGGGACAAAUUCCCUGAGAAAAUACCCUUCAGACUGACAAGAAUGCUCAUUAAUGCUAUGGAGGUGACGGGUAUUGAGGGCACGUACCGUCGCACGUGUGAAUCUGUGAUGGAAGUGCUGCAUCGUCACAAGGACAGCGUGAUGGCUGUACUAGAGGCGUUCGUAUACGAUCCUCUACUAAACUGGAGGCUCAUUGACGCUGGUCGGCGGUCCCGAGCUGAUGCAGAAGUCUGUUCCACGUCAGACCCGACCUCCUCACCACAACCGAGCAGGAACAGAAUACAUAUUGGGCUGAACGACACCCUCGACCAACCUGCGGAGACGAAUUUGAACAAGCGAGCCCUCGCCAUCGUCAACCGAGUGAGGGACAAGCUGACCGGCCGAGACUUCCCCCACAUCGACGAGAUAGUCUCCGUGCAGAAACAAGUCGACCUGUUAAUACAACAGGCCACCAGCAAUGAGAACCUCUGCCAAUGCUACGUUGGCUGGUGUCCGUUCUGGUAAUACCAAAGGAUUUUAUAAUCGAAGUUUUUUAUCUUAGGCUAGCGAUAUCGUAAGCAUUAUUUCUCGUUUAUAUCAGUCGAAUAUACCUCUGGGAAUGUUAAGCACAUAAUUUUGAAUGCAGCUAGUGACUUAGAACAUUUAGUUUUAGGUUUCAAAGUCACACAAGUAUACAUAUUAUAUAAACGUUCGUCCGUAUUUCACGAUCCAAGUGCCUAAUUGAGUACGAUUGUACUGUACGUGUGGUUGAAAUCGGACGCCAAUACAGCUAAGGGCUGUUAUUAGAAACUCUAUAACAACUAAAAUGCAUUUAAUGAUAACUAGCAUUUAGUUUAACUCAUUUACAAAUUAAGGUAUAAAAUAUAGGGAUAGAUAAAUAUACACUAUAUUUAGAAGAUCCGGUUAUUUCUCGGGUAUUUUAGGGACUUAAGGAUUCAUGAAAACACUAGCCAUACAUGUAGUAGUCACGUCUUUUUACUUUUGUUAAUACUGUUUCCUAUCACUGACGCCAAUCCAAGCAACUAUAUUAGUUGAGCAGUAAUAUUUUUGGUGACUGACAACCACUCUUAAGCGUAGGGCCGUACCACGAUUAACCGCAGUAACUUUAAUCGCGCACGACAUGUCCCAAAGGAAGCAGUGCAACUGCACGCACUAAAGAUUUUAUGCUUCGAUCGAUCUAAAAACUGCAACGUGCUUGAGAGACCAAAUCGCGCUACGCUACAAUACGAAACCGAUAUUUAGUACGUGUUCUUUUGCGAUUAAACGCAAUACGCUGUGUGGCCUAAAGCUUCUACAGACGAAAUAUUAUAUCUUUUUAAAAAAAUUGGGAUGUUUUCUGUAACAAUUUAUUCUCAGUGAUUUAUCUUAAAAUGAUUAUGCUAUCAUUACUUGAUUAUAUAAUACCAAUAUAUAUAAUAUAGGUUUUUUACAAAAUAUAUUUUAUCGUCGAUGUGUAUAAUACCGGUAUUUAUCGGUAAUCGUGGGUGCAAUACACAUCACACUCGGGUUUGGGUCUGGUUGUCCAGCCACUAAGCUAUACAGUCAAUAUUGAAUAAAACAUUAAACAUUGAUACAUCCCUAUUUUAAUAUUACAACUCUGUAAUCUUCAAUUUAAAUAAAAAUAGUGGUGAUCUGAGCCGCGAAGAAGAAGUUUUUUACUAUAAUUAUGUAAUUAGUUUUCUAUUUCUUUCUAUUGACUAUUAAAUACUGCACUGAUGACAUUAGCUUAUUAUUGAAAAUAUUACAACAAAUUGUGUUGUUUUGUGGUUGUUUUAAAUUAGAGUGUCUCGUGGAUAUAUUGGUCACAAUCCCUAUACUUUUUGCAUACUUGAAUGUAUAAAUGAUUAUGUAGUUAAUGCAUUAUUGCAUAAAUUAUAUUUUGGCAUAAUUUUAUGAGUUCAAUAUUAGUGCCUGUACAGACGAAUGACUGUUGUUCCACUGACUCACUGCAUCACAGACUGCACUUAAUCUUCUAGGGUUAUUCCGUAUAGGUACACUCAGUCCCAAUAAGCAUCUAUGUACGACCGACAAACAUAUUAUUGAGAGAACCCGACAAUUUAUAGCGCAUCUAAAUUGAAAAAAUGCAUGUACCUGUGAGGCAGUUAGUCAAGUUCUUUAUGAGUCAUUAACUGAUCCUGAAGCUCUUCGUCUGCGCUGGCCCAAGUGUUAUGCAAUGUGUAAAAAAAAAAUAGUGCAAAUGGAUAGGGAAUCCAAUGAACUCACUCAUACGACUAAUAACAUAACUAGUGAAUCUAUUACACCUCUAUGUUAUGUUAUUUCAUAUAAUUAUAAGAAUUAAUAUAAAAGGUAAACUUAUUUUAUGGGAAAUGUAAAAUUGUGCCUAUAUUGUGAUAACAUUAUAUCGUUUCCAUAAUGUUAUGGAAGUGAUUAUAUUAAUAAUAUGCUACUUGUAAAUACGCCAUGUUUAUAAUAUCUGAAUUGAAGAUUGUUUUUCAUGGAAUAAAAACGAUUA